AUGAAGGUCGUUCUGUUCCUUGCCGUUGUCGCGCUGUUCGUUGGUCUUGCAUAUGGUCAGGUCACGGGUUGUGUCCGUGACGACACCGAUGGACAGCCGCUCUGCAAUGCCCAGGAAAUGACUGCCCGUCUGUACCGUAACAACUGGGACCCCACCGCCUACUGGGAGUGCGUGACUGCCAACACGCCCGCAACCGCUCGCCGCUGCCCGACCGAGGGCAUGUUCAGCACCGCCACCCGUACCUGCAUCAACUGGUUCGACUGGGAAUGGACUCCAACCUGCAAGCCACCGAGCCGCGUCUAG